AUGAAAGAAGAUAUACCGCAGCCAGCAGAGCAACCGCACAGCUCGGGAUCAGACGGCAUAAUGACCCACGCUCAAAGUACCGAAUCUAUCAUGGACUAUCCAGAUGGCGGAUUGAGAGCUUGGCUAGUCGUAUUUGGUGCCUGGUGUGCCAUGAUACCUUCCAUGGGUCUCUUGAACUCGCUCGCCGUCCUCCAGGCUUGGCUCGGAGAGCACGAGCUUCAAGGGAUGCCACAGUCAUCCACCGGAUGGAUUUUCAGCGGCUAUGCCUUCUUCCUGUUCUUCUGUGGCGCUCAAAUAGGCCCUGUGUUUGAUGCCCAUGACAUGCGCCUAUUGAUCAUCCCCGGAGCUGUCGGCAUCGUACUUGCUCUCGUUUUCACGAGCCUUUCAUCCGAGUUCUACCAAUUCUUUCUCUCGUUCAGUGUGCUUGGCGGGAUUUCGUCGUCGUUGCUGUACAAUCCAGCUGUAUCGGCGAUCGGCCAUUGGUUUCACAAGAAGCGAGGACUGGCCACUGGCCUGGCUUGCACUGCGGGAGGUGUGGGCGGCGUCUGGAUGCCCCUCGUCAUCCUCUACUUGGCUCCUCGCAUUAGCUUCGGCUGGUCUAUACGAGUGAUAGCUCUCAUAUGCGCCAUUCACGGGGCAGCGGCAUGCUGCCUACUGACUAAACGGCUGAAACCUGAGAAGUCAAGAGGCUCUUCCAUCGACCUCAAAGCCCUUAAGGACAUUGACUACGCUGCUGUGGCCCUUGGACUAGUUCUCGUUGAGUUUGCCGUGUUCAUCCCGAUCACAUACAUCUGCUCCUACGGUAUUCACUCUGGGUUCGGAUACCUUGACGCGUACAUGCUCAACCCCCUUCUCAACGUCGGCGCCGUUCCGGGUAGAUUCUUACCCAAUUACGUUGCUGAUCGAUUUGGUGUCAUGAACACAACGUGUACUAUCACAUUUUGCUGUAUGGCUUCGAUAUUUGGCCUCUGGCUUACAGCAAACGGGAGUCGGACCAUGACAACAGCUUUCGCCAUCAUCUACGGAUUUUGGUCAGGAGCAUCUGUGAGCCUUGCUCCAGUCGCCAUUGGCUUGGUCUGUCGGACAGAAGACUACGGGAAACGCAACGGUACCGCAUACACUCUUUGCAGCCUUGGUACUCUCAUCGGGAUUCCAAUCGCCGGAGCGAUUUUAGGAGCCGAGGGCGGCGGCUAUCGGGGGUUGAUAAUAUUCGCUGCGCUAGCCUAUGUAAUAUCCUUGGCCGCUUACAUCUUUGGUCGUGUGCGGUUAGGAGGGUGGUCGCUGGUGAAGGCAUGUUGA